AUGAACGCCUGGCUCGCCGACGCCUCGAACAUCCCUGGCCAGGAGAAUGGGGCCUUUAAUCCUUCAACGAUCGACCCUUCGACCGCUUUCCUCCAUGCCUCGCCGACCCCCCAGGAUCCCAACCAGUUCCAGCGCAUGUUCAACAAUGGCGUGCCGCGGAAUGCCUCGCCAGGCUUCCACAACCCCAACCAAGUGAUUCCAUCAAAGCGGCCUCGACCGGAAGAUGGGAUGCCUAUGUCGCCGCGCCCAGGACCUGGCGGCGUGAAUGGUUCGCGAUCGCAAACUCCUCAUCAAGUUCCAUAUCCCGGAUAUCAGGGAGGUGCCAAUGGCGCAGCACAGUUUUCGCAACACCCCACUCCUUAUCAACACCUUCAACAGCAGACCGCGUCGCCUAAUGUAACACAGUCUCCUAUCAUGCAGCAAGACUUUGAUCAAGGAAGCGUUCGGGUGGGAACGGCGUCUCCAAGUCCUUUCUCACCAGCUGGUCCACAUGUCGGAGGCGGCGGUUCACACAUGUCACCCUCACAGUCAGACCAUGGAAGCCGUGUGAACACCCCACAGAACAACAACUUCAUGCCAGGACAAGCAUACCCUCAGGGAAUGCCUGGUCAAUUCCAGCAAGUUCCGGGGAUGAACCAAGGCCAACAACCUUCUAUGCCGCCACAGCAGCUCAAUGGCAUGCAACAAAUGCCACAUCAAUACCAUCAGGCGAUAGCCGCCCAGCAGCAACGAUUGCGCGCCAUGCAAAUGCAGAACCAAGGGCAACAGAUGCCAGAUGCAAGGUCAACAGAUGCAAGAUGGCUGGGCGUCCUCCCCCCCGGCGGUAUGAAUGCUAUGGCCAAUCCUCAGCAGAUGGCGGCCAUCCGUCAAAUGCAACAAAACAUGCCGAAACCUAACAACCCUGAGAUGUUCCUGCGUGGUCUACAGAAGUUCAUGAUGUCCAGAAACCUCCCUUUUGACCCCAGCCCGGUCAUUUGUGGCCGCCCGAUCAAUCUCGUGCAGCUUUAUGGAACUGUUAUGAAGAUGGGUGGAUCCAAGAAGGUGACUGGGAUGAAUAUGUGGCCUGCAGUUGCACAGCAACUUCAAUUUCCUCAGAUGCAAUUUCCUUCAGCUGCACAAGAGGUGCGCGACUACCACCAGCGGAACUUGGCACCGUACGAACAAGCAUACCUCGGCUCGCAGCAGAAACAGUUCGACCAGAUGCAGCAGGGCGGUAUGCCGCGCCAGCCCAGCGACCCUUCGGCCAUGCAGCAGUUUCAAUCACCCACUGUCAAACCAGGUCAGAAUUUCGAACAGCCUCAACAAAUUAGUCACUCUCCUCAAAACAAUACUCCCGUCGCCAAUCAUGUCCAAGCCGCUCAGGCCAAUGGUUUCGCCACGCCAACACAAGCCAGAAGCCAGAGCAAGCCUCCCCAGUCUGGACAGCGGCUUAGUGUUUCCCGCCCAUCUCAGCCUCCAGCCUCUAUGCCGGAGGGACAAUUUGCCGCACCCUCCCCUUCACAACAAACAAAGGGCGCGCCACCAACUCCCAAAACGCAACCACGGCAACCAGAGCAAAAAAUGGAAGAAUUUGUCAAAAAGCCAAUAGAGGAUCCGUUCAAGCCCAUGGUUCUCACAGAAAGACGUCUUCAUGGACCUAUUGCAGUGGACGAGAUGUACCAGAUUGGUGAUGAUAUCUCAAGGCUUCGGCCAAUAGCACCAAGCUUUGCCGAGCUUGGUGUGAUUGAUAUUCAUGCUCUUACCAUGAGUUUGAAGUCAGGCAUCCAUUCCGAGAUUCGUGUUUCUCUCGAUACCCUGACCACUCUUUCCUGUGAGCCGCAGGUGCAAAUCUCUCUUGAGAACUGUGAUGAUUUGGUGGAGAGCCUUGUUGACUGCGCUGAAGACCAAGCAGACUUCUUGGCUGAGAACAUCCCAGAGUCCUCGGAUACGAUUAUUCUCCGUUCUUACGAGGAAGUGGUCAGAGGCUGCCACUCUGAACACGCAUCGCUUGCCGAUGUGCCUGAGUUUGGAUGCCUCGAUUAUGAACUUGAUCGAGCAGUGGAGCGACUUAUCUGUGUUACCACAAUUCUUCGCAAUUUCUCCUUCAGCGAAUCUAACUUUGGAGUUUUGGGAAUGCCUGCGGUCACUCAAUGCUUUGCUAGUAUCUUCCGGAAUAUUGGAACUCGAAAGAUGUUUUUGCGACGGGACCAAAACACAUUGAACUUGAUGAAAGAUGCUGUGGUUUUCAUGGGCAACCUCGCCCACUCCAUGCAAAUACCCGGAAAGGAAGAAGCGUUGAGCCUUUUGCAUUUCCUUCUAGCAUUUUCACCAUUGCCCGAGGCCACCUCAAAACAAGGCCAGGCUAUGUUUUCGGAAUUCAAUCCCUCCAUCCACCGGUAUACCCCCGCUGCCGUCGACGGUCUCGCCAAGCUACUUGCAAGAGAUGAUCCCAACCGGGCCUAUUUCGCUGCCAUCUUCUCUGGUGAUGGGUCUGCACCGCCUCGGCCGGAUCUACUGACGCGAGCAUUUGGACUUGCGAUAUCAUGUGUUCCCCAUAACAAGGCCUUAGGAGUUGUGGAUGCUCGCAAGGUGUUCCUUCUGCAGGGUCUCUUGGCCGCAGAUGUUUUGACUUCGUUCGCGGACGGGCCCAUGGCUAAGUUGUGGCUUGGGUCUGUAGAUGGCUUCGCCAUUCAUCUCCUCCGACUAUCCUGCGCCCUUUGCACGGACCGCAUCCCGCAGAUUAACAUGCGCCAACGAGCACAAGAACCCGAAGCAUAUGCAUUUGGAGCACUUGUUCAUCGUGGACUGGCCAUUCUGCGCCGCCUUGCAGAGAAGUCUAAGCAAGUGGACAAAUCCUCCUCACUAUGCUUCCCGUCUGGGAUUACCCCUCGCAAGGAGAGUCUUCUUGGGGCUUUGUUACUUCCGAACAUGGAUCCAAAUAUCAUCCGACAGCUCGUCAGCUAUGCUCGACUCGCCGAGUAA